AAGCACUAUAAAUAUACUCUCAAGAAAGAUUACUACAAACCAGAGGAGAAAACAGAAGAACAGAUGGUCAGUGAAGCAGUGCCGCGACAUGGAAUUAGCGGUAAAGAGUGGGUAAAGUUGGUUAGAUGUUGGUAUUCAGAUAAAGGGAAAAAAUUGUCAGAAUGUGGAAAAGAAGCACGAGCCUCCCAAACUCAAUUUCACAGAUCUGGUUCUAAUAGCUAUGCGAACCAACAAGCUGAUUAUGAAGACGAGCAUGGAGUAAAAAUGAGCUUAUUAGCCCUUUGGAUAAAGACUCAUUCGGGCAAGGACGGAACCUUUCUUCCAAACACACUCACUGAAGAUUUUGUUGAUGAUGCAAAGGCCAAGGUUGAAUCGCUGAAGAUUGUAGAUCCUUCUAAGUCUCAACAAGAACUCGAAAAUGAAGCCUUUGAGGACACUAUGCAUGGUGGAAAGGUACCAGAACGUCCUGUAGGUUACGGACUUGGAGUUCGAAAGAGCGACGUUAUGGAGUGCAUGGUGUGCUAAGGAAGAAUGGGUAUGGAAAAAUCCAUCAUAGGACCGUGGUGAUGGAAAAUGUGAAAGAAGAAGUGUCAGCUAUCAACAAGAAAAAUGAAACACUGGAGAAGGAAAAUGGAAAGUUGCAAGAGCAAGUGAAAGAGAAUAAUUGGCUGCUUAAAACUCUUAUUGGACAAUUUUCUCAACUUGUAGGUCAAGUUCGUACGGGAACUGCAUCAACAAAAGCUCUUGAUUGUGCAC